GCUUGGGUGUCCGGCCAGUCACUAUUGUGCCGUUACCAAUGCUCGAUGUGUAAGCCACCGUGUGUUAUUUGAAAUUGUGCUUUCAUUUUAAUUCUAAAAGGAAUAGGACUUAAUAAAAAGUGAAAAAGUUAUUCAAAAAUGACUGAACAGUCAGAAGUCCGCUCAUUUUACAGCGGCAAAAAUUUAUUUAUAACUGGAGGUACCGGUUUCGUGGGCUUAUGUCUGAUCGAGAAGAUAUUAAGAACUAUACCAGAUGUUGGAAAAUUGUAUUUACUUAUGCGACCGAAGCAGGGCACGGAUAUAUCGUCAAGAUUAAUCGGUUUUCCCAAAAACCCGGUGUUUGAGAAGCUUCUAGAAACAAAUUCAAAUGACAUAUUCAACAAGUUAGUACCAGUUGAAGGUGAUGUGGGCAAAGAGGAUUUAGGCCUGAGCCAAGUGGACCGUGAUAUAUUGAUCGAUAAUGUCAAUGUGGUUAUACAUUCAGCGGCAACACUCGACUUUGAGGACAACUUGAGUCCCACUGUGAAGAUUAAUGUGUUGGGAACAAGGAGGGUUAUGCAAUUAUGCAAAGAAAUUAAAAAUUUAAAGGCAAUGGUUCAUGUCUCCUCAGCAUAUGUGAAUUCCUAUUUAAAUGAGGCACAUGAGAAAGUAUAUGAUGCCCCCGAAGAUGUUGAAAAAGUUAUAGCUUUAGUUAAAACUAUGAAUGAUGCCGCAUUAAAUGAAAUUGAACCUCAAGUUCUUAAAAACCAUUUAAAUACUUACACCUUUACAAAACACUUGGCGGAGCAUGAAGUGAAGAAUUGUGCAGACUUGUUCCCUUGUACCAUUGUCAGACCAACUAUGAUUGUUGCUGCAUGGAAAGAACCAGUGCCGGGAUGGACAUGUUCUAAGGUUGGUCCGCAGGGAUUCCUAAUGGGAGCAGCUAAAGGCGUGGUGCGUCGUCUGCCGUUGUCUAAGAAGAACAUAGCUGACUAUAUUCCAGUUGAUGUGGUUGUCAACCAACUGCUAGUAGCCGGCUGGCAUGCUGCUAAGGAAAAGUCAGGUCUGACGGUGUACCACUGCUCGUCGUCAACGCAGAAACCUUUCCGCUGGACGAUGCUCGACAACCACGUCAAUGAAAUGCUUCACAAGUAUCCAUUAAAGAGUGCUGUCUGGUACCCUCGCUUGGAGUUUGUGUCAUCGCUGUGGCUGUUCCGCGUGUCCGCCAUCUUUAUCCACUUCUUCCCCGCGCUGCUCCUCGACAUGAUGCUGCGCCUCACGGGCAAGAGACCUAUUUUGUUCCGUUUGCACAAGAACGUGUGGGCGUCACUAGGCCGCUUGGAGAAGUUCAUUUUCAACGAGUGGCGCUACCACAACCACAACACGCGCGACCUCGCCCGCGCUCUCACACCGACAGACGCUGAACUUUACUAUAUAGAUAUAUCUGAUAUUAAUUGGGUGGAUUACUUCGUGACGUUGCACCUGGGAGUGCGCAGAUACCUGAACAAGGAGAAAGAGUCCACGCUGCCCGCGGCCAGGAAGAAGGAUAUCAUUCUUCUUGCCGCGCACGUUGUAUGGCAGAUGGGUAUAAUCUAUGUACUGUGGCUGGCGGUGGCCGCGCUCACCGGACUCUCUAUGACACACAGCGCAUGGGCACCGCCUCUCAUAUACAUGCUCCUCAGUCUCCUCUAGAUGUACCCUAGUAUACAAUUUCUCAUAUAUAUACAACUUACAAUAAUACAUUUAUUGUAAGUUGUAUAUCUAUUAGAAAUUGAGAAUACAACUUACAUUAAACGUACAUCUCAAGUAUACAACUUACGAUAAACAUAUAUCCCAAGUAUACAACCAUCCAUACAUACAUCCCGAGUAUACAACCAUCCAUACAUACAUCCCAAGUCUACAACCUCUCAUAGACAUACAUACAGUCUACAACGGUGGUGUAGGUGUGUAAUCUAAGUUUACAACUUACAAUUGUACAUUCCUAGUAUUAAUGUAAUCUCAUAUGUAAACUGACAAUUUUGUAUUAAUAAUUAUAAGUGAAAAGUUUGAACGAAUGAAUUCAAUUUGUAUGGCGAUUUUAAUUAAAUAAGUUAUUACAUAGCUUCUUUAUGUACAACAUAAAGACACAAGUUAUAUACAAAUUGUUAAUUGCUGUUCUUUUUUAAAAC